UACAAGUAGGUAGCCAUGCCGCUCUUCUUUACAUUAAUAUCGAUUUAUCAUCGCCAGUAUUAGGAAAAAAGUUUCAUGAUUGAUACCCUGAAAAAAUGAAUCUGUGUAUCUUCAGAAAAGUGAAUCUUGCUAUGUAGUUUGGACUUUGUUAGAGGGCAGUAAUUGCGCGGCAGCAUUUUGCGAGCCUAAGGGUCUGAGAUCUGAGAUUUCUCUCUGAUAACUGUUUCCACCAUGGUCGGAUGAUAGUUUCAUCUUCAUCUCGUGUUUUCGUCAUAUUUUCGUUUCUGCAGCGUAAUCAGAGAAAGAAUUAAUUCUAUGUGAAUAUAAAAAUUCAUGUAGAAAAAUGCCACAAAACGAAUAUAUUGAGAGGCACCGUAAGCUCCAUGGUCGCCGUUUGGACUAUGAAGAAAGAAAGAGGAAGAGAGAGGCUCGUGCUCCUCACAAACGAGCAGAGCAAGCCCGUACUUUGCGUGGUUUAAAAGCUAAAAUGUUCAACAAAGAGCGACGCAACGAAAAGAUUCAAAUAAAAAAGAAGAUUAGAGCUCAUGAAGAGAAGAAAGUAAAGGUGAAAUCUGAUAAGUUGCCCGAAGGAGCAUUGCCUGUAUAUCUGCUGGAUCGUGAUGUUACAAAACGUGCGAAAGUGCUGUCGAAUAUGAUAAAACAAAAACGAAAGGAGAAAGUUGGCAAAUGGGAUGUUCCAAUACCUAAAGUGAGAGCGCAAUCAGAGUCUGAAGUUUUCAAAGUAGUGAGAAGUGGCAAGACGAAACGGAAAUCAUGGAAACGCAUGGUGACUAAAGUGACCUUUGUAGGAGAGAAUUUUACAAGGAAACCGCCGAAAUUUGAAAGAUUCAUCAGACCGAUGGCAUUAAGAUUCAAAACCGCACAUGUAACUCAUCCCGAGCUCAAGGCAACUUUCUCGUUGCCGAUUAUUGGCGUUAAAAAAAAUCCGAGUUCCCCUAUGUAUACAAAUUUAGGUGUUAUUACCAAGGGAACUAUUAUUGAAGUGAAUAUCUCAGAAUUAGGUCUUGUAACACAAUCGGGUAAAGUUGUAUGGGGAAAAUUUGCUCAAGUUACGAAUAAUCCUGAGAAUGAUGGAUGUAUCAAUGCUGUUUUGCUUGUAUAAAUUUGUAUUAUAAUUCCUAAAUUAUGAUUUUACUGAUAAUUUUUGAAAUAUUUUAUUAUAUGUACAAUAGCAAUGAUAAUUUACAACAA